AUGGAAUUCCAACAUGGACUCAUCAAGGCGAAGCUGAUCAUCAUGUGGCUUUCCCUCCUGCCUGCAGUGUUCUCUCAUUACCACUCCCCGCCGGCACAUGCAGCUCCAACCGUCAACGUGGAUUCUUUGUUCCAAUACACGACAUCCAGGAACCACAAAGUGAUCACACAAGCAGUCGACUUCGUCGUUUCCAUGCAGACAGCACCGACUUGCACUCGCAUGGCUGCUUCCCAUUUGAUGAACGAGUGCAAACUCUUGGAACAUGCACCAGACUUCGCCAAAUCUCGCCCGGAAGCGUAUCUGGACAACGUUAAAACUGAGUACGCCGCUAAACUAGCUGUAUGCGAACUGCUCAGCGCUCAGCCGGUGAACCCAACACCACCGGCAAACUGCGACAUCCUCGUCCCGGCAUCCAGGCAUUGCGGCAAAGGCGGUAGCUGGUGGCACGCCCGGCCAGAAGCUCCCAGCGACAAGCAAUGCUACCCUGACUUCAAAGAGUAUCAAUACACCCAAUGCCUCAAGAGUCUGCAAUCGACCCCUCAGUACUGGACAUCAUUCAGCAACGCCCGCCAAAACGCAGUGGUCAUGUGCCAGGCCAGCAGAGAUGUCAUCGAGCGAGAAAAUCACCUCGAGAUAUUCAAGAACCUGACUCAGGUGCUGGGUGAUGUGACAACGAACAUGCAAAAGACGACUGAGGAAUAUGAGUCGUUGAUCCGCGAGCAGAGGCAGUAUUCCGAGGAAGCUCGCGAUUCUCAUCAGCGGCUCAAAGAAGACAUCCAGACGGUUCAGGAGAAGGCCGUCACCACGGUUGGCGCUCUAGACGACAAGUUUCGUACUUUCAUGGAGGUGUCAAUUUCGGAUCUCAUCACAGCUCUAGCCGAGAGUCAGAGCAACGAGAUUGACCAGAUACAUGCGAAGAUGCAGGACUUCUCGCAGGAGUUGAUACUGGAAAGCUCACAGCUUGCGAAGCAGUUCACUGGCGAACUCCAACAAUAUCACGACCUGGCCAGAACCAGUAUACAAUCCAACCACGAGGCGCAAGUCGACAGCUACACUGUUCUAGCAGGCUACAUGGGCGUCACACAUAAUACCAUCAAUCGAACGAACGAUAUCGCAGAUCGCUCUCUUGCUACAGUCGACAGUAUUGCGCAACGUCUGGACAUCUUCGAGACCCAGACUGAACACAUUGCCGAAGGUUUUGCUUUCCUAAAUGCGAUACCAGCACUUGUCACACUACUCGUCCGCAGCUUCAUAGCCAUGGUCGGUACAUUGUUCAUCUUCACUGUCCUGUACAAACUCAACACCAGACUUGCAGCCUACACUGCCGGCGCUUGCAGUUCAGCUUUCCUCUUGCACACAUGCGGCAUUUUUGACUGGAUUGGCGAUCUUCCCUCCCGCAUAGCCAAAGUUCACAACCAACCUCUUGCGAUUGUCGCUGGAAUGUCAUCUUGGCAGAAAGGUGCAGGCAUCGUGCUUCUCCUCUGGCUCGCCGCAUACCCGGUAUGCCGCAUCAACGCCUACCUCGGAAGUCUCAUUGCUGCGACCCUGAAGCGGUUUCUCAGUCCAUUCUGGAUCAGCGAGUAUAGCAACGAGAACGGCACGGGUUUCUUGCCCAGCAUCGAGAUCCCCGCUGCAUAUCCUCGUCGUGCCGAUAACCGAUAUCACCAGGAUGGUGUUGGCUAUCGCAACUAUCCGGACUACUCGAAGUCGGCCUCACCACCUUGUGACAUCUAG